GUGGGCUUGUGAUUUUUUUUUUUAAAGUGAAAAAAUGUCACCCAAAUGUCCGGUUGCCACUUUGGGCGAAUGUGCGAUAACAGAGCUCGCGGAAGGUCUAAUGCGCGCGUUGGCUUCCGCCAAUGACGAAUUAGAAGCUACAUUGUGUUUGAUCGAUUUGUGUUCAUAUUUCGAGAAAUGCAAUGCCACCACGGAUGUGUAUCAGGACCUUUUACAAGCAAUACUAUGUACCGAUUACUUAAAUCCCUCCUGUCGUUUUUUGUCGAUGCAAUUGCUGCUAAAAGAAACUGUCACCUUUUUGGCAACAGGAAUGUUUCCCGUCUCGUAUUACGAACGCAUUCUUCAAGUAAUUUCUGUUCAAGGUGCCGGUCUUAAAACACUCAACAUGAAGGGUGUAUGGGUUAAAGAAGAAAAUAUGUACUAUUUAUUCGAUAUUGUGAGAAAACUGAAGAACUUAAAUCGCUUAACCAUACCCUAUAUAGCAAAUGAUGAAUUACUUCAUCAUAUAGGGGAAAGUUGCGCAAACUUGAAAUUUUUAGAUAUAUCAGGAGAAACUGAUAUCACAGAAAUCGGUAUACAAUCGCUUUAUACGGGAAUAACGAGAGAAACAUUGACUGUGGUCGACAUUGGCAUUCUAGGAGAAGAGAACAUUUGCCACACUGACAUAGCUGAAUUGAUAUAUAAUCUGCCUAAUCUGAUUAAUUUAGUCACAUAUUCUUUCGUCGGUAAAGCGAUCUACCACAUUUACACACGAAAAUCGAAACAUUUUCGAUCAAAAUUGAACUAUAUACAUGACACAGAAACAGAUCUUCGUACAAUGAAUGCGAUUUUGGAAAUCUGCCCAGAUAUCGAUUGCCUCUACCUGGACAACCCAGGGCAGGGAGUUGUGUCAAAAAUUGAUCAACUGAAAUUAACAAAACUGAAGCUUCACAAUUUUCGUUGCAUGGAUCUUCAUUUAUUACUUCAAAGUUGCGGGGAAACAUUGGUACAUUUAUCUGUGAUUCAAGGUCGAGGAACAAUAGAUUUUAGUAAAUUGGCUGACCAUUGCCCUAGCUUGACUGGUUUAGAAGUAUAUAUGAUGGACAGUUUGGUGAAAUCAGAAGAAAUCAAAUUUCUUAAUUUGCAAAAUUUAGAAAUUUUGCAUAGUAAAGUUUCAAAUUCAAUUCUCUCUUAUCUGAUGACACACGCGCCAAAGCUUAAGCGAUUAUCAGUUGGAGAUGUCAAUUUCACAGAUGAUGAUAUUUUCAGGAUAUUCAAUAACAACGAAUUUCCUUACUUAGAAGAUUUGUGGUUUCUGAAUGCAUCAUAUCUAUCAACAGCCAGUGCCGAGAUAAUGAUGGACAGAUGCCCCGUCCUUACCGUGCUCGGUCAACUGAGCGGAUGGAAUGUCACCUAUGAAGACUUGGAGCUCAUGAGGACAAUGAUAAGUAGCGCCAACACGAAAUUGGCACUGCUACCCACUGGUAUACUUCCGUGAUUCCAUCCAAAUUUAGAUUGUAUAAUUAUUACAGACUUGUAUUACUUCACAAUUAGAACACACACACACACACACACACACACACACAUAUAUAUAUAUAUAUAUAUAUAUAUAUAUAUAUAUAUAAAUACUUGUUAGAAAAUUUAGCCAUUUAGCCAACAAUUGAAUCCACAGGCGCGCUUGUUUAAGGUUUUAUAUAUUUGUUAAUUAUACUGUGUGACAAAAAUAGCACUUUUGUUUUUUUACUGAAACUAUACUAAAUCUACUGAGAACGCUGAUUUCAAAUGUACUUUCGUUUUUCCUGUCGCUGUUUUUAGUAUGGCUCCGCCUUUAAGGGGGUAUUCUACUGUAGAGUCAUGAAUUU